AUUUCUAUUUUGUGCAAGAGAAUCAUGUCAGCCUUAUCGUGUCACAUCCUUUUCAAACCAUCUACCUUUCGAAUUCCCUCCGUAUCACCACGCCGUAGAUUUAGAAAUAUGACUACCAUGUCAGCAGUCCUAUACAAAAAGCCAGGUCCACCUGAAGAGCUAUAUGUUGGCCAUACUGAGAAACCCAAGGUGCCAAAAAAUAAUAUUUUGAUCAGAGUUUGUGCCGCUGGUAUUAAUCGAGCUGAUAUCUUACAACGAAAAGGGAGGUAUCCACCUCCACCUGGAGAAUCGGAAAUUCUGGGACUGGAAUGCUCUGGAAUCAUAGAAAGCGUCGGAGAAGAGGUAACUCAAUGGAAACCUGGAGAUCGCGUAAUGGCAUUGCUAUCGGGUGGUGGAUAUGCAGAAUACGUGUCAGUUCCCUCUUGCCUUGCCCUACCAAUUCCAAACAAUAUGACCAUGACAGAAGCAGCAGCCAUUCCCGAAACAUUUUUAACCGUCUUCCAAUCUCUGUUUUGGCUUGGACAAGUUUGUGAAAAUCAGAAAAUUCUUGUGCACGGUGGCGCCUCCGGAAUUGGCACGUCUGCCAUCCAACUUGCCAAGACAGUGCCAGGUGUCCAUGUUACCGUAACAGCUGGAACCGACGAAAAGUGUCAGGCGUGUGUCAAUCUUGGCGCAGACAUGGCUAUCAACUACAAAAACUCACAGUUCGAAGAAAAAGUUAAAGAAAAUGGUGGCGUAGAUUUUGUACUAGACAUUGUCGGAAAAGCUUAUAUACAGCAAAAUUUAAAUGUUCUCAACACGAACGGUCGAUUGGUUUUCCUGUCUAUGCUUUCAGGACCCAUUGCAGAAAAUUUAAACUUGGCGCCAAUCUUACAAAAGCGCCUAACCAUCAUGGGAUCCACUUUGAGAUCGCAAACCUUACUGUAUAGAGCCAAAUUAGUCCAAGAAUUCCGCGACUAUGCUAUGGAAAGCUUAGAAAAAGGACGGAUCAAACCGGUUAUCGAUAGGGUUUUUCCAGUAGACGAAGUCAAGGAAGCGCAUCAAUACAUCGAAGGCAACAAAAACACAGGAAAACUGGUUUUAGCCCUAUCCUCAGAAUAAAUAGCAUUGUACACACUCGAAAAAGAAAAAAAUACUAACUAAAGAACUAAAUUCUGCAAAAAAAAAUCAUCUUUUCAUCGUCGUGUGCUAGCAGCAGCACACCAUGGAAGUCAAAGCACAGUCAAUUGAACAAACCAAUUUUUGGAGGAGUUUGCUCGAAGGGAGUUGUCUAAAGAAUCGAAUUGUCCCAGAUAAGCACAUUCUGAUACUGGGUAUGACUUUUUUAGCAUAACUUUUCUUCCCUCAGAUGGGAGCAGUUAUUCGAGGAAAGCCCGGCUAACUCUCUCCGCAGGAGAAGCUAAUAGCGGGAAAUCAUCCAUGUUGGCACGCCUACAAAAACAGAUCGAUUCUGAAAAUUCAAGUACACUUCCACUUGAAUACGCCUAUUUUGAACUUAGUUCAAGCAGCGUAGGAGGUAUGCUAUUUCGCAAAUGCAUGGAUGGGACGAUGGGGUUAUCAACAAAAUUUAUAAACAAAUUUGAGCGUGUUUGUAUCAAAGGCCAGAUUGACGCAUUUGUUUUCUUUGCUGAAAUCAA